UUGUAUGAUCAUCAUCAUCAUCAACUUGAGCAAUUCCAGGAUUCACAAUUUUGUAGCUCCAUGCGGCCUCAACAAUCAUCUCAGCAUCAAAGGCUCAAUCAAGUUACUGAGACAGCUAAUGGAAUUGGUCCUCAGCAUCACAACAUCUUGGUCCCUGAAUCUUUGACGUCCUUUAGUUUGCAGACCAUCCAAACCCACGGAUUGUUGAAUCAAACUGGUAGACAAAAUAUCCCCUGCCUUAGUUCUGGCACAAAUGCUCAGCAAACGCAAAUCCUGAACUCACAAACAGAACGAGAAAUUGGGGUUGGAAAGAACAGAGUGGAAAUCCCUGAUCUAUGUGAAACAUCACUGAGAGGCUUCAAAGAGAAAGGACCGGUGGAAGGACAUAGACGGGAAGCAAAACACCAUUUGUUGGGAGAACCAUCGUUGUCAUCUAAACGCUCCAGGAGGGAAACAAUAAGGCCAGAAAGGAGUUUACAAGAAGAGGAUGUGACUUCUCAAUCUGAAGGAAAUGAAGUCGAAAACUCUAAUAUUUCCAAUCCUUCUAAUACAAGGCCUGUCAAGAAUGCUGUUUAUGAUCCAACAUUUGAAGGGGUUGGUCUACCUGUUGACCCUCAUCUCCGGCUAUUUGCCUCAUGCUAGAUAGUUGCAUGGCAAUGGUACAUCAUGUGGGUUCGAUGAGCCAAUGUUCUGAGGCGAGUGUCUUGUAUGAUAUUUCUAU